CUUUAAAGAGUAAUAGGCUUUUUGUGCAUCAUAUAAGCAAUCAAAUGCUAUCUUCUUGUUGCUCUAUACUCAACAAGAGUAGUACUACUGCUCCCUCAUGGAUGGCGAUCCUUAUUGCUUUUUCGCUGCUUUUUUCCAGCUAUCUGUUGGUACUGCUGUCAUUUGGAUAUUUUUCUAUCCUCUACACAUCUCUAGUACUGCUUUUCUCUUCUACUCUUUUCUACACUCUACUAUUCUCAAGGCAUAAACCAGUAGUAGUGGAAGAAAAGGUUCUUAUUAGUCCUCCUCCUGAAGAAGAUGCUGAUGAGAUACAAGAACAAGAGGUGCCAACUUGUGAGGACUCUGAAGAAGUGGAUUGGUGCUCAGAUGGAUCAAUCUCUGAUGAGGACAGCCUCAUAGAAAUUGCGCUUCACAAAGAAGAACCACUGUACAGGAACUACUACAGUUUGCAGCAGAAGAGGAGGGAGCUAUCAGCAGCUGAGGCCCUUUUCAGCCAUCAUCAGAGUCUAAUGGAGUUCUUAUCUGAACUUAAUAAUGACGUGAGUGAGGAAGAAAACUUGAUAGAGAUUGACAUAUCCAUGGGUUCCAUUAAGUACUCCUCCAGGUUUGAAAUUAAAGCCUGA